AUGGGGAGGCGGCGGGUGUCGGUCUCAGUGGAGACAACGCCUGAUCUCGCCUUCGUCAAGAAGGGCAUGCUCAACAUGCUCCUCUACACCAACAAAGAGGGGGAGUGCGUGCGGGUGCCGGUGGACACUCUCGCGUUCCUGGAGGACCGUCGUUUUGUGAAGAGCCGCUCCAUGGACCAGGUAACAUUUACCGGUGAUUGUGUUUUCAAGGCAACGCUGGAGUUCCUGGAGCCGAUGGCAUGCAUUGAGGAAACGGCGGUUCGGGAAUCGACGGAUUGGGUGCUGUGCUCGUGCAAGGGGUCUGCAGCACUAUACUCCACUGUGGAGAAACGACUGGUGCUGCAGCAGUGUGUGGUGUGCCUGCAGAGCAACAUACCAGAGCUGGUAGACCCUUUCAUUCUCGUCUUAGAGUUGCAAGAAGGCGAGUGGCUGGUAGAGCGGGCGCUGAGAUAA